CCAUUUGACGAAGAACAUGGUUUUGCUACGUAUUUCAAAGCUGGUUGCAUUCGUAGUCGUCAACAGCUGUACCCAAAUGGCAUCAGCCUGGACUGCAGAAUGGAUCAACCUAAAUCUUGACGUCGGAAGGAGUAUCGAGCCACCAAGGUCGGGCCACGUCGCAUUCGGACUGAACGACAAGAUCUAUGUCUUUGGCGGCUAUGCCGAAGACACCACCACGGCAGAACGGUACCCUACAAACGAUUUGUGGUGCUUUUGCGGUAGCGACGGCACCGGCGAYAGCAAGUGGAMGCUGGUCAAGCCUGCCUCGUCGUCGCAGCCUCAGCCUCGAUUGGCAGCAGCAGCCGUGACGUUUCGGUUGGACGAAGACACGCCGGCUGGACUGGUCCUGGGCGGCUGGGACUCGCAGAAAGCCGGGACCGGCGGCGUCAUUUUGAAAGACGUGCAAGUUUUCAGCGAAAAUGACGGGGAGGGCGGAAGCUGGGACGAGUUGCCGACGGAUCUAGAACAACCAACGAGCCGCUUGUGUGCCGUGCCCCUGGGGGACCAAAUCCUCGUUCACAACCAUCGCUGCACGGAUCAUGUCUUGCUCCUCAGUGUUAAAGGUUCGGAGCUUCUCAAACAGCCGACAUCGGGCACCGCCCCGUCUGCACGCGGUCUGCAUGUUGCCGUUCGUCUGCCCGGAACUAGCAAAGUAGCUGUUUUUGGCGGUGCAGCUCAGAGUGGAAGCAUGUCGAACGAAGUAUUUGUUUUAGAUACGGACAAAUGGAUUUGGGAAGAUUGUUCUGUGUCGGAAGCCGAAGACAUGCCUUGUCCACGUGCAUCUCCCUGUAUGGUAGCUUUGGAUGAGAAAUCUUGUAUUGUAUUUGGUGGUGCGACUCCUACCAGUGAGGCCGGACUGCACGGAUGCAACGAUACGUGGUUGCUGGAACUCGAAGAAAGUGCAACCGAUGACGAAUCCUCCACGAAAACUGUGGCAAAAUGGACUCGGUUGAGUGAAGAUGGAUCUGCAGACGCCCCCCCGGGUCGGAAUGCCGCUUCGUUGAUGCCGCUUUCUUCGAUGCCUCGGGUUCUUGGCAAAGAAAUUGAAAGUGGCGACAGCGACAACCCACAAUAUUUCUUGCUGAGUGGAGGCUGGUAUCCGUUCCGCACAACAUAUCGAGACAACUUUGUGCUAAAGGUGACAAAAACCAAUACGAUGCAGGAUUCACAGUAAAAAAAUCUUCGUUCCUCAGUUGCAUUCGCGCCAUACGAUAGGGAGAACACCUAGCUUUGGGGUAAUCAGGUGAGGAUCAUGGUACACACACUCUUUCGAGGAAAACCAUUACGCCAAUCGAUCCGCAACGAAGCACUAGAAAACUGUUGAUGAAAACAAAAACUAAGUGUGCUUAUAGCUGAAUUGAAGUGAUGGAUCUUUCAUUUGGAUUUGGGACGUUUGUGUCAAAGUGAAGAUUAAAUCUUCAACAAAAGGUUUGAAAUGAAACAAAACAAUAAUC